AUGCUUCCAUCUCCCCUGUGCGUGAGGUUGCUGGUCCUGGUGAUCCUGUGCGGGUGCAGGCUCAUGGGCGAGGUGCGCUCAGCCACUAUGGAAGAGAUUGGAAACCUAGUCAAGGGCCCACUUUGGAACCAGAGCAAAAUAGACCUUGGGUAUAAAGGCCUCAACGGCACCAUCCCCCCCGAGCUUGGCAGGUUGACCAACCUCACCUACCUUAAGCUCGGCAGUCUGACCUACCUCACCAAACUUUACCUCUUCGAAAACAAUCUCUCCGGCCCCAUCCCUGUGAAGCUUGGCAGCCUGGCCUACCUCACCAGACUUUCCCUCAGCAAUAACCGCCUUUCUGGCCCCAUCCCGCCUGAACUCGGCAGCCUGACCAGCCUUUCUAACCUUGCCCUUUCCAACAAUAACCUCUCCGGCCCAAUCCCGCCUGAGCUUAGCCAACUCACGUUGCUCAAAGAGCUGAAGCUCUUCAAAAACAGCCUUUCUGGCCCCAUCCCUUCGCAGCUUAGCUACCUGACCAGGCUCAUCACGCUUGCUCUUGGGAGCAACACUCUCUCAGGCCCCAUCCCCCCGCAGCUCGGCGGCCUCACUAGCCUCCAAACAUUACUACUCAAUGGCAACAUACUCUGGGGCCCUAUCCCCCCGCAGCUCGGCAAUCUCACCAGCCUCCAAGUCCUCUACCUCGACAGUAACAAAUUCAGCCUUAUUCCCCCGCAGCUCAGCACCCUUUCCGAGCUUCAAAUCCUCUCCCUUCGCAACAACUACCUCUCAGGCCUCAUCCCCGGCCAACUCGGGAAUCUUACUAGUCUCCAAUUUCUCGACCUCAGUAACAACCGCCUCCUUGGCCCCAUUCCCUUGGAGCUUAGCAAACUCGCGAAACUGGAAGGCCUCUACCUCUCCAGCAAUAAGCUCUCUGGCCCAAUCCCCCCACAGCUCGGCAACCUCACCAAGCUUGCAUAUCUCCAGCUUAACAAUAACGACCUCUCGGGCUCCAUACCCUUAGAGCUUGGCAACCUUGCUGAUCUUAGCGACCUCGACCUCUCUUUCAACGACCUCUUGCACUUAAUCCCCCCACAGCUUGGCAGCCUCACCAAGCUUGCAUAUCUCUCUCUCAAUCAUAAUGACCUUCGUGGGGCCAUCCCCCUGCAACUCGGCCAGCUCAGCCUGCUUAGCAGCCUCGAUCUCUCUUCCACUUACCUCUCGGGCCCCAUUCCCCCGCAGCUCGGCAGCCUUGUGGGUCUUGGUACCCUUAACCUCAGUUUUACCGACACAACUUGCGAAAGGCUUGACUUGUCCCACUUUCGAUUCUUGACAACCCUAGGGCUCACAUGCCCUCUACCCUCUUCAUUCAAAAACACCAAUGUCACAUAUGUGGCGCUGUCCAUUGGUAACUCGUUCACGAAAGACCUGGAUCUUUCGUCUGUGCCAAACUCCUGCAAGAUUGUCAACCUGACGGGCUCGCACCCCCAUCUCGAUAGCAUCCAAUUCUGGGGAGGCUGCGAUGAAGGGUGCAUUGUCAACUUAGCGGGCACUGGGGCGACAUUACCGCGUAGCACGCGGAGAAGGGUGUGCUUGGGUAGAAUAUCGAUCUUCCUCAACGGUGACAUUCCUUACCCAGUCUAUGACUUAAGCAACGCUACCAACCCGUUUACCAAUACUCUUAAAAAUGCACGAGGCACAGUCUACGACUUGAUGGACCCCAAUUUCGUGGACAACAUCGAUCUUGGGCCCGAAGGGAGGGCGUACACGGGAGUCGGUUUCUCGAGAGUCCAGGCGGGCAACCUGUGUGGCAACCCUGAAGCGAAGAAGGUCACCGCGCUCGUUUUCGGGGUGUUCGCUUCCGCGGUGCUGUUGGCAACCAUUCCCAUCGUCGUGGUAGCCCGCUGGCGACGUCGAACCCGAGGAAGCGGUCUCAAAGAAGUAGAUGCGGGCCAGAUCCAUGGCUGGAGGCGUGGUGGCCUCUUCUUGUGGGGAGCUGCGCUGGGCGUCCUACCUGUGGUGGACAUCGUCACUGACUUCCUAGUGCUGAGCGAAGUUUAUGGGGCGUGGCCUAUGUGGGUCAUCCUGGCGUCCGUCUGCGCACCGUUCGUCGUGGGGGCGUACAUGGUAGCCAAGUCUUGGGUCUCGACCAGGAGCCCGGUGCGUGGGUGGAAAGGGGUGCGUGUGAGGUGGUUGUGGCCGCUGCCAGAGCUGGGCAUAAGUGGAGCGGUUGAGGGGAAUCAGGAUUCCGUGUUUUCUGGGUUGGUUACAAUACUCCUGUUGCCCGUGGGGCUGCUGGGGGUGCUCGUACAAGAUCUCCUGUCAGUGGCGGAGAGGUUUGGGCUUCAUCUGGCAUGGGGGGGACGAGAUCAUCGUCUUCGAGCGUUACCACGAGGCUCGGGGACUGACUGA